ACCAGUGAAGCCACCAGGACCAGUGCCUUCCUUUGACAAUUGUGUUGGUUUGCAAAUGUGGCAACUCCCUGGGUGAAAUCUGAAACUGGCCCCCAUAAGUGGAAGGCAAGGAGAGAACAAAGAAAGACGCAGACCUCUCCAGAUUGGCAGAACCAUGCAGGCCCGCGGCAGCAGAGAGCAGGAGGCCAGGGAUUAUUUGGAAAAACAUCGGAUUAUGGAGUUGCUGAACUAUCUCACCAGCACCCUGCUCUUUUUCUGGCCAGCCUUAAAAACCCUGGGUCUGUUGACUGCAGAUGAAGUUUUAAAAGAUGAUGGACAUGCAGUAACUCUGGAUAAAUUCAGACGUGAAGUGAACAAGAGGAUGGAGGAAAUAUGGGCAGCGUUUUAAUAAUGCCAUCAGUCCAAGAUAAU